AUGUCUACUCAUCACGAGGAAAGCUUAUCUGAACCUGGAGCAGUCGGAGGUGACAAGCGAAUUCGUCAGCCUACCAAUAAGGGAUUACAAUGGCAGUUAGAAGUGAAGGAAAAGAAAUGGAAAGGCUGCAUUACUUCAUGGAGAAGAUCAUCAACGAAAUUAAGGGCUCUUCUUACUGAUGAAGAUGCAGAAGUUAAUGCCAUAAAAUCCCACAGAGAUGCUCUGCAGGCAAUUACGGAUGAUGCUAUAACAGCUCAAGAAGAAUUUUCUACAGCUGCAAAGAUGCUUUCUAAAGAGGAAAAUAGUGAAGCAAAACUUGAUGAGCUAGAGGAAGAACAUUCAGUUCUAAUGAAACAAACGUACAACCGAGUGAGAGCCACCCAAGGAAGUUUGAGAUUGUCUACGUCAAGUUCUUCAUCAAAACGUCGAUGUCAACAAUGGCUUGAUCAACAGUUACAACCCAACAAUACAGAUGACGUUCAAAGUGAUAAAGUACGUCAAGAAAACAGGGUUGAAAAGAAAGUCAAUGCUGACAAACCAAUUCCAAACGAAGAUCUCAGACCUAGACAACAACAAACAUUUGAGGAGCCUGCAAAUCCUGUGCAAGAGCCUCAUCAAGACCCAGAAUUCCUCACAUCAUGUCUGAUUGACCAGAUGCGACUCAAUCGACUCCCUAUUCCAGAGCCACCAGUCUUUGAUGGAAGCCCCCUACAGUAUCCGGCUUGGAAGAGAGCUUAUGACAUGCUCAUUGAAAGGAAAGGAAUCAUGCCAGAAGACAAGUUUUACUACUUGUUGAAAUACCUAAAAGGCCGUCCCUUUGAGUUAGUUCAGGGAUACUCACUCCUUAGUGACGACCAUGCUUACACAAUCGCAAGACAGGAAUUGGACAAACGUUAUGGAGACACGUUUGUCUUGUCCAAUGCAUUUCGAGACAAGCUAGAUGCAUGGCCUAAGAUAAGUGCAAGGGACUCAGAUGGCCUGCGAAGAUAUGGCGAUUUUCUACGUCAGUGUUUUGCUGCAUCUCAGGUUGUACAUCAUUUGAAACACCUAGAUGAUGAGAGGGAGAACAGAAAGCUAUUGUCAAAGCUUCCAGACUGGCUCACGCAUAGAUGGGGCCGGAAGGUUGUUCAAUGGAGAAGAGAUACAAACUCAUUCCCUCCAUUCCCUGUCUUUGUGAACUUUAUCGUAGAAGAAGCAGAGGUAGCAAGUGUAUCAGUAACGUCUGUUCAGGAAAGGAAGCCAUCGUCUAAAGCUAGGACUCUAUCUACUGGCAUACAGAAGAAAGAUGAAGGAAACAAUAAGAAACUCGGCUGUCUUUUUUGCAAAGGACAGCACCGUCUGGCAGAGUGUACUUCUUUCGCAUCACAGCCUAUGGAAGAGAAGCGAAAAUUUGUCCACAAAUGUAAUCUGUGCUUCGGAUGUCUUAAGCCUGGUCAUAGAUCGAAGGAAUGUCGCUAUAAGAGCACUUGUUCGAGGUGUAAGGAAAGACAUCCUACACCACUUCAUGAUGAUAAUUGGAGUAGUAAGCGACAAUCUAAGGAAGAUGACUCUCUACGUGAGGCAGAGGAAUCUCAUUCAUCCCAUGCAUCAAGCAACAGGAGUAGCUCCCAUACUUCAAAAACCUCUUCUAUUGUUUCAGUUUGGUUAUCCCAUAGUUCAACGCCAAAGGAGAUGUUGGUAUAUGCAAUGCUUGAUACCCAAUCUGACACAACGUUUAUCCUUCGAAGGACGAAGGAAAAAAUGGGAGUUACAGGAACAGAGGUCAACCUACUCCUCUCAGCAAUGUCCAAGGCUGAGGAAAGAGUUGCAAGCGAGAAGAUUAAAGGUCUCAGGGUGAGGGCCUUGAAUGGUAAUAAGGAGAUUAUGUUACCACCAUCUUAUAGCCGUGAUAUCAUGCCGGCGAAUAGAACUCACAUUCCAACGCCUGAAGUCGUCGAGAAUAUUACCUAUCUGGAGUCCAUUAAAGAUCACCUAUCGCCAUUAAUGGAUUGUGAGAUAGCCUUACUCAUAGGCUAUGAUUGUCCUACUGCACUUACUCCUCGAGCUGUCAUUCCCCCACCGGUACAUGGAGGACCUUUCGCAAUGCAGACUGACCUGGGAUGGAGUGUCAUAGGCAUGGUGGAUCAUGGCUGUAAUGAUAAUGACCCAAUAGGUAUCAGCCAUCGUACCAUGGUGAAGGUCCUUCCUGAGGAAGUGCGGCUAGACAGUCAUCCUACAAAAGUCAUGUUCUCAUGCCAAUCCACAGUUAGAGAGGAAAUAGCACCUCAUCAAUUCGUCAAGCUCUUAGAAGCAGAUUUUGCCCCUGAAAGAGCACAACGUCCUUACUCUCAGAAUGAUACCAAGUUUCUGAAACUAAUGGAGGAGCAGAUUCGAGUCACAGACAAUGGACACUAUGAAACACCCCUUCCUUUCAAAGAAACACAUCCUAAUCUGCCAAACAACAGGAAUAUGGCUUUGAAGAGGUUAGGCAGCUUAAAGAGAAAAUUUGAAAGGGACUCUGAGUAUCAUAAGCUUUAUACUCAAAAGAUUCAGGCACUGAUAGAGAAGGGUUAUGCAGAAUAUGUUCCAAACUCAUCUAGGGAAGCUGACACAUUUUGGUACAUCCCUCACCAUGGAGUGCAACAACCCAACAAGCUUCGUGUGGUUUUUGAUUGUAGUGCACGAUGCAACGGUGAGGCACUGAACCACCAUCUGUUGACUGGUCCAGAUCUGACAAAUAAUCUAGUUGGAGUAUUAUGUAGAUUCCGCACUGAUUACGUGGCCUUUAGUUGUGACAUACAGGAGAUGUUCUAUCAGUUUCAAGUCAGAAGUGAUCACCGUGACUAUCUUCGAUUCUUAUGGUGGAAGGACGGAGACUAUAGACAACCUGUAUGUGAUCUGCGUAUGAGAGUACACCUUUUCGGGGCUUCAUCAUCACCAGGCUGUUCAAACUUCUGCCUCAAGCAGAUAGCAACAGAUCAUGAACAGCAAUUUGGAAAAGACGUAAAAGACUUUGUGCAUCAUGACUUUUACGUUGAUGAUGGUUUGAAGUCGGUCCCUACAGCUGAGAAGGCUACUGACCUGAUCGUGAGGACACGAGAGUUAUGUAAGAAAGUUGGGAUACACUUACAUAAAUUUAUCUCCAACUCUCGAAAGGUGAUUGAAGAUGUGCCUGAAGCACAAAGAGCCAAGGAUCUAACAACUAAAGAAUUAUUCCACAAUGACUUACCAAUCCAGAAGGCAUUAGGAGUACAGUGGUGUGUGGAAUCAGACACAUUUCAGUUUCGGCUAACAUUUGACCCGAAGCCUUCAACUAGACGUGGAAUCUUAGCAACUGUGAUGUCGGUGUAUGACCCUCUAGGUCUACUAGCUCCAGUUAUUCUUCCCGGCAAAUUAAUUCUUCAAGAAUUAUGCAAAGAUGGUGCCGACUGGGAUGAUCCCCUGAACGCUGACCUCCAAGCAAGAUGGGAAAAAUGGAAGAACGACAUUGUAAAGGUGGAGAGUCUCUCAAUCAAACGAUGUUUCAAGCCCAACAACUUCGGUGCAAUCCAGAGGGUAGAACUCCAUCAUUUCUCAGAUGCCAGCAGCGUAGGCUAUGGUCAGUGCACCUACUUGAGACUGAUAAAUCAGAAGGGUGAUGUACACUGUGCUCUAGUUAUUGGAAAGUCCAGAGUUGCUCCUGUAAAGACACCUACGAUUCCAAGACUCGAGCUAACUGCGGCUUUGCUCUCAGUCAAAGUAAGCCUGUUUCUUAAAACGGAACUGGGUCUCACAAUCGACAAAGAAGUCUUUUGGACGGACAGUAGAGUCGUACUUGGUUAUGUUAAGAAUGAGACAAGACGUUUCCAUGUAUUCGUUGCUAAUAGGGUGAAACAAAUCAGAGAUGUUUCAUCACCAUCUCAGUGGAAGUAUGUAGAAACCAAAGAUAACCCAGCUGACAAGGCAUCUAGAGGGAUCAGAGUUGACCAACGAGAGAUGACGAAAUGGCUGAUUGGCGCAGAGUUUUUGUGGAUGGAUGACGUCGAAGAUGAGAAGAAUAAGGAUGAAAGCACAAUUCUUCCAAACGAUCCUGAGGUGAAACGCUCCCAUGCUACAACCAAAUGUGCAGAGAAAUUUGAUCUUGAGAGACUCAGACGAUUCUCUUCCUGGCAUCAAGUCAAGAGGGCAUUAGCCAACUGUCUUCGUCUCAAGCAUUACCUCCAGAGAUGCUGUCAGGAAAAGCAAAAGGGUUCAAAUAAAUCCAAGAUCGCCAUUCAACCUCUGUCCACCGAACUGCUUGUCAAUGCUGAGAAAGAAAUAAUACGACACAUUCAGAAAGAUGCUUUCGAAGAUGAGCUACGGAUAUUGGGUGGCAUAGAAGGAGCUACUCGGAAGGGCAGACGUCUCGUCAAGUCUAAGAGCCGUCUACAUCAAUUGGAUCCCUUCAUAGACACUGAAGGAAUUCUCAGAGUUGGAGGUAGACUGACAAGGGUUGAGGGACCAUUCGAGCUUAAGCACCCUGCCAUUCUCCCACAGUCUCAUAUUAUAGAGCUCCUAGUUGCCCAUUGCCAUGCAGAAAUAGCUCACCAAGGAAGAGGAAUGACAAUCAACCACAUCCGAGCUAAGGGAUACUGGAUCCUUGGUUGCAGUCACUUUGUGUCCAAGUUUAUCUCCAGAUGUGUGACCUGCCACAAACUUCGUCAACCAGUCCAAAGUCAGAAGAUGGCUGAUCUUCCCAAAGAUCGGCUUACACCUAGUCCUCCGUUCACUUGCUGUGGAGUGGAUUGUUUUGGCCCGUGGACUAUCAAAGAAGGCAGAAAAGAGUUGAAAAGGUAUGGCCUCAUCUUUACUUGCAUGGCAUUAAGAGCAAUUCACAUAGAAACGCUGAACUCGAUGACUACUGAUGCCUUCAUAAAUGGAUUACGACGUUUCGUUUCUAUACGUGGCCCUAUCAGGCAGCUGAGAUCAGACAGAGGGACAAACUUUACUGGUGCAGCAACUGAACUCUCAAAAGCAUGGAAAGAAAUGGACCAAACGAAAGUGGCAUCUAUUCUGCUCUCAGAUGGCUGUGACUAUCUUGAUUUCAAGUUCAAUUUCCCAGCCUCAAGUCAUAUGGGAGGGGCAUGGGAAAGACAGAUUCGUUCAGUACGCACAAUACUCGAUGCAUUACUGCAUCGAAAUGGUCACCAACUUGAUGAUGACUCGCUUCGUACCUUGCUCUGUGAAGCAGCUGCUAUAGUCAACAGUCGUCCUUUGGCUGUGGAAUUCCUCAAUGAACCCAACCACCCAGAACCACUUACUCCGAACCACCUACUGACCCAAAAGACGAAGGUUAUUCUGCCACCACCUGGGAGGUUUCUUCGUGAAGAUGUUUACCUGAAGAAGCGCUGGAGGAGGGUUCAGCACCUGUGUAAUGAGUUUUGGAGCCGAUGGAGAAAAGAGUUCUUGAACCAACUGCAAUCACGAAAGAAAUGGACUCGUACUCAUCGUAAUAUGAGAGUUGGUGAUGUCGUAAUCAUCAAAGAUGAUCAGUUACCUCGAAACUUAUGGCCACUUGGAAGAAUCGUCGAAACGUAUGAAUCAGAAGACAAUCGCGUUCGCAAAGUGAAGGUAGCAGUGGGUGAUCGAAAACUAGCAGCAUCAGGAAAGCGAACUAUUUCAGUGAAUUACUUAGAUCGUCCGAUUCACAAACUAGUUUUGAUUCUACCCCAGGACGAACAGGGUUAA